CGACAUGACGUCAUAAGACUGCCCCUCGCUCCUGCAUCUACUGUGAUUCUGCUGAAGAAAGAUGGCGUUUAUUAAAGAGGAGACUGAAGACAAGAAGAUGGUGAUUAUUAAAGAUGAGACUGAAGACAUAAAGAUUGAGUUUAAUAAAGAGGAGUUUGAAGAAAUAAAGAUUGAAGAAACAUUCAGUGUGAAACAUGAAGAAACUGAGGAACAAACAGACCUAAUGGCACUGAAAGAGACGAGUCAUGAAAUUAAUGAAAAACAAGAAGAGGAAGAACAUUAUUAUAAACAUCAUGAUUUCAUGCCUGGGGAGAGAUCAACACAGGCUUCCUCACAAGAAAGAGCUCAAAAGACUGGAACUAAAAGUUUUUUCACCUGCCAACAGUGUGGAAAGAGUUUCAGACAUAAAGAAACCUUUAAAUACCACAUGAGAAUUCACACUGGAGAGAAACCUUUCACCUGCCAACAAUGUGGACAGAGUUUCAGAGAUAGAGGUAGCCUUAAAGUCCACAUGAGAAUUCACACUGGAGAAAAGCCUUAUACCUGCCGACAAUGUGGACAGAGUUUCAGUCAAAAGGGAAGCCUUAUAGGCCACAUGAGAAUUCACACUGGAGAAAAGCCUUAUACCUGCCGACAAUGUGGACAGAGUUUCUGUCUAAAGGGAAGCCUUACAGUCCACAUGAGAAUUCACACUGGAGAAAAGCGUUACACCUGUCAAGAGUGUGAAAAGAGCUUCAGGAGAAAAGGAAAACUUGAAAACCACAUGAGAGUUCACACUGGAGAGAAACCUUACACAUGCCUACAGUGUGGAAAGAGUUUCACAAGUGAAGUAAACCUUAUAGUCCACAUGAGAAUUCACACUGGAGAGAAACCUUUCACCUGCCAACAAUGUGGACAGAGUUUCAGACAUAAAGGUAGCCUUAAAGACCACAUGGAAAUUCACACUGGAGAAAAGCCUUACACCUGCCAACAGUGUGGAAAGAGUUUCACACGUGAAAAAACCCUUAAAGUCCACAUGAGAAUUCACACUGGAGAGAAACCUUUCUCCUGCCAACAAUGUGGACAGAGUUUCACACAUAAAGGAAGCCUUAAAGGCCACAUGAGAUUUCACACUGGAGAGAAACCUUUCACCUGCCAACAGUGUGGAAAGAGUUUCACACGUGAAGAAAGCCUGAAAGACCACAUGAGAAUUCACACUGGAGAGAAACCUUUCACCUGCCAACAAUGUGGCGUACAGAGUUUCAGACAUAAAGGUAGCCUUAAAUACAGCACUUGGAAAUUCACACUCAUUGGAGAAAAUCUUUACAUCUGUCAACAGUGUGAAAAGAGUUUCAGUAGAAAAGGAACACUUGAAAUCCACAUGAGAAUUCAUACUGGAGAGAAACCUUUCACCUGCCAACAAUGUGGAAAGAGUUUCAGACAAAUAAAACACCUUAAAGUCCACAUGAGAACUCACACUGGAGAGAAACCUUACAUCUGCCAACAGUGUGGAAAGAGUUUCAGACAUAAAGAAUCCCUUAAAGUCCACAUAAGAAUUCAUACUGGAGAGAAGCCUUACACCUGCCAACAAUGUGGACAGAGUUUCAGACAAAUAAAACACCUUAAAGUCCACAUGAGAACUCACACUGGAGAAAAGCCUUAAGGCAGGAACACACCAAGCCAACAGUCAGUUGUCGGAUAGUUUUUUCGGCCACAUGAAGCCGGAGCUUAUCCUAUCCAGUCUUUUUUUAAAUCCUAAAUGUCUCA